GUGCGCGCGCGUCGCUCUGGGGUCCCGAGCCCGCCAUUGGCGGUUUCUAGUCAGCGGCAUCCUGCUGGCGGGGGUUCGGGGCCGAGCGCGGGGCGCGCGUCGCAACCGCUCUCCCCGCGGCUGGCAGAGCUCCGUUAUGGCUGCGGCGGAGGCGGAGGGGGCGAGCACGGCUGCAGUUCCUGGUUCGGGUGCCGACGGCAGUGGCAAGUCGCCCGGAGUCGAAGGAGAGGGAGGAGGAGCGGUGGGCAAAGAGAAGGACGCGGCCGCGAAAGGAGCGGAGGCCGUCGUGGACAGUGAGGAUGACGGCGAGGAUGUGUUCGAGGUGGAGAAAAUCCUGGACAUGAAGAUCGAUGGGGGCAAGAUCGUUUAUAAAGUUCGAUGGAAAGGAUACACAUCAGAUGAUGAUACCUGGGAGCCUGAGGUUCACCUUGAGGACUGUAAAGAAGUUCUUCUUGAAUUUAGGAAGAAAGUUGCGGAUAACAAAGCUAAACCAGUGAAGAAGGAUGUCCAGAGACUGCCCUUAAAUAAUGACAUAUUUGAGGCAAACUCUGAUAGUGAUCAACAAAGUGAGACCAAAGAAGACACUUCUUCAAAGAAGAAAAAGAAAAAACUAAGGCAAAAAGAAGAGAAAAGCCCAGAUGAUCUGAAAAAGAAAAAAGCAAAGACUGGGAAACUAAAAGAUAAACCCAAACCAGACCUGGAGGGCUCCUCUGAAAGUAUGGUUUUUGAUUUAAGGACAAAGAAAAGAAUUUUGGAAGCCAAAGAAGAAUUAAAGGAAUCCAAAAAGCCCAAAAAAGAUGAUAUAAAAGAAACUAAGGAGUUAAAGAAAGUUAAAAAGGGUGAAAUAAGAGAUUUAAAGACUAAAAAAAGAGAAGAUUCCAAAGAAAACAGAAAAAUAAAAAAAGAGAAAUGUGUUGAAUCUCAGGUGGACUCCGAAUUGAGUGUCCUUAGUGAUUCCCCUUUUCAGGAAGAAGACAGUGAAGAUUUGCAUUCUGACAACAGAAACGAGAAGCAGCCAAUUAAAGGUGCAAAAGAUAAAGCAGAGCCGGAGGCAAUUCAGGAUACUGUUUCUGAUAAACAGCAGGAUGGCACUGUGAGCGCUGAUGAGGAUGAUGUCAAAGCAAAGAGGAAGAAAAAGAAACUGAGAAGGACAGAGGAACUUAAAGAGAGCAAAAAGCUAGAAAACAAGAGCCUCUUAGAGAAGAAAAAUACACAGAAAAAGCAGAGGAAUCCCGACAAAGGCCCAAGUGGCGCUGAGUUAGAUAAGCCAAUGGCUGCCUCCGCUCCAGCACAGAAGAGCUCCAGACCGUGUGCGGAGGAGAGAGGCUCCAGGCCCGCAGACUCCUCGGGGGAGGUGAGUGCGGAGGAGAAAGAGACCAAAAAAAAUGAACCCAAAGAAAAAUACCCGAAAAAGCAUGAUUUGGACAAGGAAGAAAAAGGCCGAAAAGAGCCCAAGGCAUUAAAGACAUUUAAGGAAAUCAGAAAUGCAUUUGAUUUAUUUAAAUUAACUCCAGAAGAAAAAAGUGAUUUUCCUGAGAAUAAUCGGAAAAGAGAAGAAGUACCACCAGAUUGUAAAGUCACAGGAGACCACAGGAGCAAGGAAAACAAGCAGCUUCUUAAAGAAAGGAGAAAUACGAGAGAUGAGACUGAUACAUGGGCAUAUAUAGCUGCAGAUGGUGGUCAAGAGGUUGUGGACAGCACGCCCCAAGCGGACGAGAAUUCUGAUGGCAGACAACAGAUUUUGAGUUUCGGCAUGGAUUUGCAGUUGGAAUGGAUGAAAUUAGAGGAUUUUCAAAAACAUCUUGAUGGGGAAGAUGAGAAUUUUACAACAGCAGAAGCAAUUCCAAGCAAUGUAUUGAGGGAUGCUGUGAAAAACGGGGAUUAUAUUACUGUGAAGUUUGCACUUAAUUCAAGUGAAGAAUAUAACCUGGACCAAGAGGAUUCCAGCGGGAUGACACUGGUGAUGCUUGCGGCAGCUGGGGGGCAGGACGACCUGCUGAGGCUGCUCCUCAAGAAGGGGGCAAAAGUGAACGGUCGGCAGAAGAACGGGACCACCGCGCUCAUCCAUGCUGCCGAGAAGAACUUUUUAACGACAGUGGCUAUUCUUUUGGAAGCAGGAGCUUUUGUAAACGUCCAGCAGAGCAAUGGUGAGACGGCUCUAAUGAAGGCCUGUAAAAGGGGAAAUUCAGACAUCGUCCGCCUUGUCAUUGAGUGCGGGGCUGAUUGCAACAUUCUGUCAAAGCACCAGAACAGUGCGCUGCAUUUCGCAAAGCAGUGUAACAACGUGCUGGUGUAUGACCUGCUGAAGAAUCACUUAGAGACAGUCCUGGGUCAGCAGCCUUGGGCAGGAACAGCCACUCUUCCCCUCUCCUCACCCACCAAACAUAGGACAUGACUUGGAUCUUCACACCUGAAAGAUGGUUAUUCCCCUUCCAGAUGUAGGACCCAUGUUCUAAGCAGAAAAUAAGGUAAAUUUCAGACAGGAGACAAAAAAGGCAAAGGCCGAAAAGGGAGUGUGUGCCUGGGUACUCUGCCCACGCAGACAGCCUUCACCCACCCGGGUGGCAGUGACUGGCGGCCAGCAAGCAGGGUGACCAACCUGCCUGGUUUGCCCGAGGCUGAGGGCUUCCUGGGACGCUGGGCUUGGUUUUACAUCUGUGACGAAAGGGUUCUUGGGACUGUAUACUCCUUGAAGCAGAGCAUCCUGGGAUGGGGUGGGUUGGUUACAUUCCCAGCAGGGUCGUCUGAAAAGACUUUUGGAAUUAGCAGUAAUCACCGCAUUUGACUGCUUUCUAAACUAAGUACUGUAACAAGACUUUUCUGUGUGUGGCCGUUCUUGGGUUUAUUUUCCGACAGAAUUCUUAUUUCUGAUUCACUGACUCAUCCGAGGAGUGUGUAUGGAGCUCUGUCCGUGUGCUGGGCACUGGGUAGGGGUGGCAGCGGGGCACAGACUUGCCCACUCGGAGCCUCCAGACAGACAGGCAUGUGACGUGUCAGGUGUGAGAGCUACGAAAAAAGCAGGGAAGCAGGAGAGAGGCUGCUUUUUAGCCCCCUUAAGGUUGAUCUGGGAAAGCCUCAUUGUAUUUAACAGUCUGAUAAUGUUGUAGCUCAUGGUGCUUCCCUACACAAAUGUUAACAGCGUUUACUGUACUUGUUUAUUAGACUUUCAAGAGUAGCAGAAGAAACAAUAAAGGAUUACUUUGAAGCGCGUCUUGCUCUCCUAGAACCAGUUUUCCCAAUAGCAUGUCAUCGUCUCUGUGAGGGCCCAGACUUUUCAAUGGAUUUCAAUUAUAGAAUCCCAC